CAUGUCGAAUUUCAAAUCUCUCAUGAAAAUGCCUUAAUCAAAGCUUGUAUCGAAAUGCUUAGCUCUUGAAGAAAUGUUAUCGAGGUAUCAUGAAUUUGAAACAGUUCAUUAUGAUCUAUAAAGCAAAUAUCAAAUCUUAAUAGAUAAAUAUGAGAGAAUUUGUAAAAAAAAUUAGCAAAUAAGUGAUAUUCAUACAACUGCUAGUCAAUCAAAUAAAAAAGAUAAAUCUGAUACUGAAAUAGGUGAAAGAAUUGAAAUUUAUGCUUUGGAGGAUAUUGAAACAACACAAUUAAUUAAAAGCCUUUAAGAUUAAAAUUCGAGAAUGCAAGAAUAAUUAAAACAGAGCUAAAUUGAAUAUGAAAAAUUAAAAUUUAAGUAUAUAUGUAAGUGACAUAAGAUUUGAUCAAAAAUAUUCAUCUCCAGAAAAAGAUAACUCAGAAGGAUUAAUAUCUACUUUAAAGAAUGAAAUCAGUCGACUUAACAAAUUAGUAAUUGAAAUUUAAAUAUAUUCAAGGUCUCACAUUUAAGGUUAGAAUUAAGUAAUUCCAAAACAAGAGAAGUAGACGAAAGUUGGCUCAGGUAACAACUGAAUAAAUAAUAAUUAUUGAAUCAAUAAAAAUUAUAUAGUCCUUAGUAUGAAUCAAAUGAAUUAACAGAUUUGUGA